GGGAGACAGCGACGGGGCCCGCCACCGCCUUUUGCUUUGCUUUUUUACCUUCCAUCCCGCCCCAUCGUUGGUGCUGCGCCGAGCGGCAUGUAGGGUCCCCCGCCGGCGGGCUGACCCCCGCCCGGCCGCGACUUUUGUUUCUUGGCGGGUAGGAGGUUGGAUGGGUGGCCCACCGCAAAUUUUGGGCGCCCGCCGGCCCUUCCCGGGCGGCCGGCCGCUUCAGGGGAAUGCCGUAUCCGCUGGCGGGCCCGAGUCUGUGUUGCCCGUCUCGCCCCGCAGCGCGCCCGUGCGUGGCUGGCCAGCAGGCCGGCCCGCCUUUCUACCUCCCUUAGUUAUGGCGGACCGGCGGGUUGGGCUCGCUUUGGGCGCCAGCUUGAAAUGCCUGGGCAAGCUGGCGUGACUUUGUCACGUUCCGUAUUGUUGCGGCACAGCAGUAGCGUCAGUUUUUAUAUCCGCGUCGGACGUAUCUGUAUCAAUAUCAAGGCGCUUCCGUCAGCACACAGUUGCUGUAGCGGCGGUAUAGUUUCACAUCAACGCUACUCGCUUUUCUUGACCUGUGCGCUGAUUCGUCGCAUUAUGUGCAAAAUUUUCCCAGCAC